UUCUUCAGUCACUUUACAAAAGCACGGCCGCGACUUGUGGGCAAGUGGUGGAAGGGGUUGGACUAGGUUGAGUGAAGUGAGUUGGUCAAAGUGGAUUUCUCCUCGUCUGUUGAACAAUAAGUGUAGUUUUGAUUUAAAUUAUGGAAAUCACGAAAUCCCUGCAUGAUGAUAUCGUCAAAAUUCAACAUGAACUUGUAACUGCAAUACAGAAUCAUCAGGUUUUAGUGUUGAGGCAGCAAGUCAGCCCUACUGAUAGCAUCAGAACUCAAAUAGAAGAGGUCCAAAGACACAUUAUCUGUCUGGGCGAAUCUCAGAAAAUCUUAGUUGCCCGUCUACGUAAUGAAGUGGAUCCCCGGGCGAUACGUGCCAGCAACAAGCACAAGACACCACAUCCUCCCCGGCCCCAGGAGCGGUUUAACCACCGAGGCAAGAGUGAGGAUAUUGCACGUUCGUUACUGGUCAAGAAUGCCCACAAGGAUCGGUCACGGUUUAAGCCCACACACCGCGGUGGCAAUGACAAUGCCGGAGAACAGAAAGCCUCGUUGCCUAAGGGGCGACAUCCCUCUAUUGAUAGUUCAAGUGAGGAGAAUAGGACUCCUUGUGAGUCCCCCAUUAACGGGAAUAGUGACAAUGAGAAAAAAGGAAUAAAGCGCAACAGUGUACAAAGUCGUUGCCAGCCUGCUAAGAGGCCCAAGACUACACUACAGGCUACUCCCCGCCCUAGCUCUCCAGCCAAGGCCUUGGAUGUUUUGACCAGUUCCUCAGAAGAAUCACUUGAUUCUUUGGUAUCACAACAACCUGAAUCCGAGAAUAAGGUGGAAUUUGCCCUUGCCUUAGGUCUAAUCACGCAGGAAGUGUACAGUAGGAUAAUAAAAAAGAAGAGCGAAAGAAGAAGAAGAAAGGUGAACACUCAACAUCAUCUUUAUGAUGAUCUUUGGGAUCUCACUAUGUUGCAGAAGCGUAAUAGUAGAGUGAAGGAGCCAGUGGAGUAUGUAGAUGACGGAAGCCGUGAUUGUGGCACUCCAUUGAGCGAUUCGGACAGCCUAUGCUUUGUCUGCCGUAAUCCUGGAAUUGGAGAACAAAGAGAAUGCAGAGUGUGUCAGACCAUGUGUCACGUGUCCUGUGUCACUGGCAACAUCUGCCCUGCCUGCACUCACCAAGCCCCCUCCUCUCCUCUGAUUACAGAAAAAAAGAAAGAAUUGGAGCAAUUAAGGUUGAGCAAUAAAGAGUUGCAUAAAUCAGUGUCCAAACUGCGGGAGAGAGCGAAUGAGUUAAGUGCUUCUCUCGUGCAACAAACCGCCAGAGUAAACCAACUGGUUUCAGAAGAAGAGAAGCUUCUUGAGUCCAUCAAGAUUAUCAAAGACUUUGUUGCAGGUGUACAAAAUUCUCCAAAGCUUACAUCAUGACUACAAGAAGAAAAUACGGAUGUUACCUCUGUGGUUUAACUUCUCAUUCCCUCGCUUGCAUGGAUAUAUCUUCUUUCUUCUAUUAUAUUUUAUUGGUUUAUACACUAUUAUGUAUGUCUUCCUUGUGUAAGAUCUUCACUUUAGCCUUGUAAAGAUUGUUAUUAACUAUGUUGGCAAUAAAUGUAGUGAAAAAUUAUUUUUGUAAUCAAAAAGUUGUUUUGUUUGAUUACGUUAAGGUCAAGAUUAGCAUAAAGUUACUAAUGUGAAAUCUCGAAAAUUCCAAUAAUAAAUUAGAUUUAUUGCUUUAUUUUCAAUAACAAUGUUGUGCGAUUUGUAAUUUUGGAAAUUUUUAUUAUCGAACCAAUUGUAUUAUAAAAUUAAAUUAUAGUUUUCUACUGUAAUUCAUGAAAGUCAAAAAAUAUGUUUUUAUUAUUUAAUAAUUCUUAUUGUGCUUAAUUCCUUUUAGUUCUCUUUUGUUUUUCAAAUCUUAUUUUACGCAACAUGUCAAACUUCAAGAAAAAUACUCGUAUUUAAUAUGUUUAUUUAAGGGACAUUUAAAUAAAAAAAAUUAAAUUUCCAUUAACAAAAAGUUGAAAUUUACAAGUUUGCUAAAAAAUUGUCUAUAUUGAUCAAGACUGGAUACAUGGAAUAUUUGGAAAUCACACAAGAGCUGAGAGAUAAUGAUUGUAAGGUUGCUUGUUGCAUUGUCAUGCUCAAACUUCAUGUGAAUUAGAGAUUAAAAGACUAAAGUAAUGCUCUAUAUACAGCAGAGCUAGAUAAUUAGUCUGAUUAAAUCUUUAGGAAUGCUAAAGGUCAAAUAAGUAUUAGGUUGAAGUGCGCUGGAAUCCGCAAAAGAAUUACCUAACAGUAAUAUGUAUGUAAUAAUUUAUCAUGGGAAAAUUUAUGUCCAGGUGCCAUUAUUACAGUAAAUUCUUAUAAGUUAUCUGCUUAAAAUUGAUUAAAUAAUGAAUGUACUUAGUAACUUUCUGUGAAUGCAGUUACUUCUUUCAAGAAUGAAUUUAACGAGAGAUGUAUUUAUAUAAUUUUACUAACCUAAUUAACAAUAUAAUUGAAUUUAUAAAUAAUCAUAGGUAAUUACAGAAAAUAAUAAUAAUUUAUAUUUGAUAUUAAAAUUUGUACAAAUUAUUGACAAUGUCAGAAAUUAUAGCACACAGCCAGGUCACAUAAACUGAAGGGAAAGCAGCUGUGAGAUAAUUUGAUUUUGUAGAUGGUAACCUCAGAUAUGGAAUCUGAUAAUCAAUCUGGUAGUAAUCCUCAAUCCAAUGGGACACCAAAAGCUGGAAUUAUAAAUAAUUAUAAGAGAAUAGAGGAAAUAAAACAUUCAGUGCAUAACUAAACUAGUUUGGAGGACUAGGUGGUAACCUCGGGUAUGGAAAUGGUACUGAUAAUAAACAAGGAUACCACAAGCUUAAAUUCGAUUGAAUUUAGUAUAAAUGUAUUUUUAAUGUUCCAAAUUAUAUUUAAUCCUAUAUUUUGUAUGAUACUUUUAUAAUAUGGGAAUGAAAACUUGUGCUUCCUGAUAUAUUGUUUAGUAAAUGAUGUAUGGUUACAAAAACAGUAUGAAAUGUGUUGAUUUAGUCAUAUUACCGAUGCUAAUCAUGAUAUUACAUUAGUUAUUAUUAUUACAUCACUCUCGUCUUAAUAAAACCAAGCAUUGAUGAAUAGUACAUUAGUUUUAUGCAAUACAAAGCACACUCACAUUUAAACAAUUCCUCUCCACUUUCCCUAUCACCCCUUCCACCAGUAUUGUCAUUCUAAAAAUAAGGUACCUUUUCAGUGAAGGAAGAUAGGUCACUUAAAACUUUACGUAACUAGUUUAGAGAGUAUCAAUUAUGUGUAAGAAAACUUUCCAAAAAAAAUGUUAAGUAAAGUUGAACAACUCUAAAAUAAUAUUCCAUUUGUGUUCAAAAUUUUGCCAAACAAAUUAAAUUUUAAAUCAAUGUAUCUUAUUGAUUAACAUUUUUAAUAUCUUAUUGAUAUUAAAAAUCAGGGGAUUUUUAGCAAAAGAAACCUCUAGCGAUUGGCUAAUUUUGUUUAUGGUACAAUAUUAGGUUAUUGCACAUAAUUUUAGGUUGGUUUUUAAUUAUCUUUAUCAUGAAAGUAUUACAAUAAACAAAAAUUGUAAUAAUUGUUAUUUCGCCUCAAACUUGAUUCUUAUUUUUUCUCAAGAAAUUUUGCUGUCUGAAGUGAUCUUUCAAUUUUAAGAAUGAUAUAAAAACCUGAAUGUUACAUAGCUUCUUAUACAUAAUUCAUUUAACUUUAAAAAGAAUAUUAUAAAGGAGCUUUUUAUGGUACAAAAUAAAUUUUAGAUGAGUUCUUUUCUAAAACCUUGCGUUUUCAUCGAAGUCCCUCUGGCACUUUUCGCAUACACAUAAAUUACUCUGCACUUUUCGACAUGGAUUCUUUUCACCUCUGUUACUAAUAGGAUUUAAUAGUGAAUACCAUUAAAAAAAUUCUAAACUUGAAUAUGUUACCAGUUGCAUCCUUUGCAUAUUUCCUGAGGUGUGGAAUGAUACAAACAUCCAUUGAGGGUUAUUAAUUAUUUUUACUCAUUUUUUAACUGUAAAAAUGGUGCAGUAUCUCCAUGUAAAUUUGAUAUAAAUUACUAGGCUUUUACAUUAUUAACAUCUUUACUGUGUUAUGAGACUUGAAGGUUUCAUAAUGUAUGUUCUUAUUGGUGCUGCAAACAAAUAUCAGUCCGAUCUUUAUGUGCAUAUGCAACAAUACAUUUGAUAAUUACAACUCUAGGUUGAAAGAGUGAGCCAAAAAGUAAAGAGAGAUUGAAAAGAGACCAACAAAACUCACCUAAGCAGUCUAGAGGACUGUAAAUAGUCACAAAUAAAAUUAAAAAAGCAUUUGUUGACAUCUAAACUAAGCUUGACAUGCUACAUGGCCUGCAGUUGAGGAAAUCAGUGACUUCCAAAUAAAACAAAAUAAAUGAGACUAUUUUCAUUAGUUGAGCUGUAAUUGAGAAAGAUCUGUGCUCCGAGUUUGGUCAAUGGAGAUUCCAAAGCAGUGAAUUAGUCAGUUGUCCAAUAGACAUUUCUCCAUGAGGCAAGAGGCUCUGCUACAGAUCUCAAGAUAACUCAUGAUAUGUAGAUAUAAAUUUUCAACUGUUAGUAAUGUAUUUUCAUUUAUUUUCAACAUUUUGAAAAGCCAAUAACUAAGAAAAAUUAUUGAAUCUAUUAUAGACCCAUUCAUGAACUCUAUUAAAUGGAUUCAAUGCUAAUAUUUGUAUAGUUCUAAUUACCAAAUGAACAAUAUAAUUCAAUUGAUAACAGCACUUAUUAAUUGUUAAUCUCGCACUUAUUUCAGUAUUUUUGAUCAAGUAUUUUAUAAAUUUCACUUAUUGUUCAACCUUCACUUAUCCUUUCCUAUAAGUACUUUUAAUUUUCUAAAAGAAUGAAUCAUUGUUGGUACUAAUGUUUUUCAACCCAACAGUUAACCAAAGUUACCUUAGUGAAACAGUAACCCAUUGUAUUAGUUGAUAAUUUGAGAACAAAAUAAGAAUUACAACACGUUUAGUAUUUAGCAUUAAGUGGACAUAUCAGUGUAAUCAAGUACAGUUUUGUAAAUAGUUGGGCUCUUUCAGUAGUCACACCAUCACUUCUUAUCAAAUUCUAAGUAAUUUAUGAACCAAUCAUAUUGUGAUAUGGACCUGUAAAGUAAUUCUUCUUUGUACAUUUCUUAGAAUAAAAUAAAAUUUACUUCUUCUGAUCCCUUUUAUCCAUUUCUUAUGCUUGAUUUCACAUUCAUUUGGCAGUUUGGGAUUUAAUAGUAUCCACUUUACUACAGUGGUGUAAUUUAAUUUGUUGCUGGUCUAAGAAGUUGACAACCUGGUUUAAGUAUAUUGUUAUCUUUCCAUUUUGUUUAAAGUACUAUAUGUUCUAUUCAAUAAUGUAGAAGUCCAAUGGUUUGAGAUUAUUUGGGCUAAUAGUUUUAUUUAAAAGCAGGAAAUUAUUAACGCAAUUAACAUUUCAGCAGGGGUAAUUUGUAUAACAUGUACAAAGUAUAAAUAGAAAGCGUAACAUCUUGUAAGGCAUUCAAAGAUAUUACAAUAAAGACAAAAGAUAUAAGAAUAUAUAGAAUAAAGAUACAUGCAUGGCAAAAGGUUAUUGUUGCUUUAUAUAAUUUAGAGUACUAUAAAUGUUUUUUCCAAAACCACCUUUAAAUUGACUGAAUCACAGAAUUGCCUAAACUCAAUUUGCUACAAUUCUACUGUACACGCUAAAAUGCAUUUCAGUAUAUUGUGUGUUUUUUUUUUUUAUACAGGGCACAGUAUAACCUGAUUCACUCAUUACUGGAACCAAAAUCAUGAUAUUUGAGCAAGCAGAUAGAUAGUAGAAAAUUGGUUGUUUCUUUAGAUAAAUUAUCUCAAUCAACCAUAUUAAAAAUUAAAUUUACUCUUAUUGUGGCACUUUAAAAAAGUAAUUACAAGUGUGGCACCUGCCUAUGAUUAAUAUCAAACAAUACAUUUACACUUUUGAAACAUUUUCGCUAUCCAUUAAUGCUUACUCAACUGCACUGAAUCCAAUAGUGUAGAAUAUAAUUUCAAGACUAGCCUAUUCAAGCAGAACACAAGUAUCAGUAUGUACGCUGAAACAAAUGCUAAAUUACACAAAGUAAUGCUAAACGCAUAGAUACAGCAGGAAUAGCAAAUUAGUAUAGUGGUUGUUCAAAAAGUAAGAAACUUUUUUUGUCAUAAAUAAAUGUACUAAUCUUAUGUUACAAUAAUCCUAUCUCCUUUAGAUAGUCUCCUUGGUAGUGAACACACAUUUCCCAGUGUUCCUGUCAUUUUUGGAAACAUCUAUGGAACACGUGUUUCAGAUGAGACAUGUUUGGCAAGGAAAGUAAACAUAGAUGAGUGGUUACAUUGUUAUGGUUGAACUUCCAAGCGUUUGUUCCCCCACACAUUCAAUCAUUUGCACCAUACUAAUUAAUGAAGGACUUUCAACUAGUGUCCCUUAGUAAAAGUUUAGCAUUGUGGUGCAUUCUCAAGAUGCACACCUCCAUGGGAAUUUAAAACAUAAGCCAUGACCUUGACUUGGAUGUAGAUAUGACGUGAUUUCUUUAGACUCAAUAAUGACAUUUUUCCACUCUAACCACUGCAUCAUGUUCUGGGUCAGUCAUAAUCCCAUGACUCUGCAUCUGUGAUCAUAGAAUUAGGGUCACUAUUACGUCAUGUGUGCGAUUUCCAGUGUUGCUAUAGCUAAUUUUUAACAGUUUCAGUCCAAAUUUUGCAAACCCUCUCCUCAAGAACAAAUUUUCAGCCAAAAUUGUUUGUAUUCUUAUCUAUUUUGUCCACUAGUUCUAUGACUAUGACACAACAACCCUCUAUAAACUAAGUUCACACUUGCUCUGUUACAUCUUCAUUUCAGCUUGUGGAGCAUUUUCCUGAAUGUGAUCCAAUGUCCACUGCUUUUAAGCCGUUGGAACACUCAUUCAUGAAAGCUCAUUGUAUUAUCUCCCAAAACCUGUUGAAUCUUGCAAAUGGUUUCUGCUUGGGUUUUGCGUAGCUUUCGGUAAAAUGCAAUAUUGCCAUUCAAGGUUUUCCGUCAUUUUACUAGUUUUUAAAAUCCAACCAGGAUUAAGUACACUUCCUUAUUCUUAGACCAGCUGACGCUUUCUGCUUCUAACAUUGCUUGACUUCCUUCACCACGUUUUAAACAACACCUCUCUUACUUCAUUGGCUUAAGCAAGAAAAAGGAGGUGUGAUGUUUUUUGAACAUACCUUGUAUAGCAUAUUCACUUUCUUAUAGAAUGGUUUCACUAUAUACUUGGAUAAAUAUUGCAUCACUGCAGCCUAAAGCAAGUUGUAUUUUUAUUUUACUGCUCAGCAAUGUUUGUUAAAAGAAACUAAACGUUUAAAAAGUGAUGGUUAAAAGUUGUACUGUACUGCUUACAACUAUACCAAUGACUAUAAAAAAAUAUAGUUUAGUUUAAUAGUAUAAAAGGUAGGAGUACACCAGACAUUUGUUUUGUAAUAGGCUUUGAUACAAUGAGGGAGCAAAUAUUUCUAUGUAGAAAUUAAGUUUCAUGUGAAAUGUCUAGUUAUAGUUCAGUUAAUUCUUGAGAUAUCCUCCAGGCAGACAGAAGAGAAAUUUUGCCAGACCCUGAGUAAUAGGCUUCGCUAACGCUUAGACGAACAGAAUAAAGUAUUCACUUAACUAUUGCAUAAAAAAGAUUAUUUAAGCAUUUUAUAGUAGUGUACGUAUCAGGUAAAGUUAACAAAGGGUGCUGAUACAGUAUUAGAUCCAUGACUAGGAAAGGUCUAUUUCACAUUAUGUCUGAUAUAUCAGAUAAUCAGUUCGAUUUGUACAGUGUAUUCUCAUACUGCCAAUUGAAUGUGUAACCAAAGGUUGUUUAUUUAGUACAUUAACACAUUUAUUUAUAGUAGCAGUGUUUUAACAUUCUUAGUAUCUACCACAAUAUUGAAAGGUAAUUUUUUUAGAAUAGGUUUUAUUUUAUAUACAGCUAUCUUAUACGCCUGUUUGUAUUUUUGGAGUUAUUGCCUCUUAUGCGUUGUAUUUCUGAAGAACUUUUACAAUAAUAGCUUUUUAAGAAUAUACUGACCUAGAUAUAUUGUAGUUUUUAUCAGUAUUUGAAACUUGACGUUAGAAGAGGAUUGAGUGGCAGAAAUGUUGUUCAUUGACAUAUAUAUAUAUAUAUAGCAUGACCAUACAAGAUAUUUUGUUUAGAGUUAUAAUCCAUUUUAAUUUUCUAGUAAUGGCCUUAUUUACAUUAAUUAAAUUUAAAAUGUUGGGGAUAUUUUAUUAUUAUCAGAGUUUACUCAAUAUGUAAUGUUUAAUAUUUUCUGUGACAUAUUUAUAACCAUGGUUCGCUUUGUCGCUAGAUGGUGUGCAAUCGUAAAGUUUCAAGUGGUUACAGGUUUUAGCACUGGAUACAAUAUCUUCUUAUAUACUGUUUAAUACUCAGAGCAUAAGACCUACAAAAGUAUUUGUAAAAUAAAAUUUGAAUUUUACCAAUAUAAAAUUAUUUUAUUUUGUUUAGCACAGUACUCCACUAUACAUUUUAAACAGAUACAAGCGUAACAAACUUAAGAAAUGUAUCCAGUUGUAACAGUAUCUAAGAUACACUAAAGAUUUAAAACUGAGUUGUGUGUCAAAGCUGAGGACAAUUAAUAGGAAAGAAAACCUUAUUUUUAUGCACACUUUUUGUUUUAAAGCUGUUUUAUACCUAUUCCUUGAAAUCUGUAUGAAACCUUAGGUGGGUUUUUUCAUCCCUAAGGAAUUGUAAUUUUUAUGCAUGAUUUUUGUUUAGAAUUUAAGCAAUUUGUAAAAAAUAGAAAAUUUGUUUAAUAUUUAUAAUGGAUCUGAGAUUGUCGGGAGCAAGAGAUUACCUAACCUUCUGUUUAUUACCGUGUAAUACCAUAGAGUGUUAUUUUAUCUGUCUGUAUUGUGAGUUGUCUGCUCUCAUGUAUGAACUAAAGCAAAUUGUUAAGUUUUUAACUGAUUAUUUCGGCUAAUUGUUAGUUAGGUUUGUACCAAUAGAGUAGAAGUGUUUUUGUAUUAAACAAAUUAUAUAUUUAUUUGUUGCCCUUGUGGUAAUUUUUAUUGUAUUAUAUUGUACUAAUGCUUCCAUGAGUUAUUUUUAGUUUUUAUGUGAAAAAAAACACGGGUUCAACAUCACUUGUUAAAUUUGUCAUUCUGUUUAUAAGUUAAGUCUGAAAUAGUAUUUAAGUUAGUUUAGGUAGUAUAGUUUUACCUGUACAUUUUAUUGUAUGUUUGAUAGUAUACAAGAGCUAUUUGGACUGUAAACCUCUGCAUUAUUUUUCUUCUUAGACUCUGCUUCCCAUAGCUUGAGGUAGCUAAGAACAGCUGUGAGGUUACCAAAGUACUAAGAACCAACUAUGACAUUAAGGUGAAUUCUUGAAGAUGCCUGAUUUGUGAAUUGAUUCAGAAAUCUUUGGUUUGCUGAGUGUGUGGACUCUGCUGUGAUCCUUUUGACUUAAGUGAUUAUGCUAAAUUCUAUAAUUCUACCAAAGUCUUCUUUUUGAAUCGCCAAACCAUUGUCACAAUCAUCUUCUUGCCAAAAUAACUAGUUUAUUGUGACUUUUUUAGUCUUAGGAUCAAUGGACUCAACUCAAGUUUCAUAUAACCAUUUGUCAUAUUGUAACAUUCUCCUCCCCUAUUAUUACCACUUGUAAACAAGUCACAGAAGAGGUAGUAAAUUGUGUUUUGUGAUCCUCAUAGAUUUCAAGAACUUACAGUAGGCAAAAUUUUAUAUACCUUAUUCUUAACAGUCCAGUACAUUUAUGUAAAUUCAUUGGGAGUCACAAAGGACUGUGUAAUGUUAGUUUUCACAGACGUUUACAUUAUUCUUUUAUUAAUCCUUUUAAAAAACACAUCACUCACCACAGAUGGCCUAUAAUUUCUUUCUUUGUUAUUGGUGUUUGGCCACUUUAAAAAGAAUAAGCCAUUCAAUCAUUACCUCUUCUCUUUAACUGAUGGCCCAUAUACGUAGCACAAAAUUUACAAUGAAUACUAUUUUUCUGUGAGAAACUUACAACAGUCUACACUUUGCAUUUGGUGAGAUUCUCAAAACAGCACCACACAUUUUACAAAGCUACAGGAAAGAACUAGAGUUCAGAUAUUUUCCUUUACUCCCACACUCUAAAAAGUUGACUGUCUGUGCCCAACUGUUUAAAAGUAAAGGCCAAACAACAAUUACUUUCCAAAUGGCUCUUGUAUUUGAAACUUUUAUUAAUUGGAUUACAGUGGUGUAAAAUUUGUCAAUACAUGUAUUGCUCAGAAACUUAUUAUAAAAUUGCAAUACACUGAAGCUGUUGCCUAAGAUUUUAUAUGUGUAAUACAUUAAAAGUGCAUUAAGUUUU